UAAAAUCACCUGUUUCCCAUCAGCGAUGAACGCCUAAAAAUAACCAUCUGUUCGGAAAAGUUGGACUGAACUCUCAUCCUCGCUUCUUUCACAGCUGAGUGUUAAAUGAGAAAGUUAUAAGUGUGAUCCCUUCUCCCCCGCCAGCCUGGAAACACGACUUGACUGCCGACCGACUGACUCUAUUUAUAGUUAACCCCUCCAACUUCUUCAAGCAUCGUGGUUGGCAAGAAAACCCUGAAUCAAUUUGCUCCAAAUGAACUUCUUUCUCUUUCUUGUCGAAAUGUUUUGAUAGCGAUGUAUCUUCUGCUGCAAACCCCGUCGGUCGUCUGCUUCGCACGUGCGGCUGCGUCAGCUGGUUUUGUUUUGUAAAUAAUCGCCAUUGGCCGUGUUUUGUUCUGGAGAAAUGGAGACUCCGUGACCGCCAUUGGACGUAGAAUGUUCGGAAAAGAAUGGUUCCAGAUGUCGUUUCUGAUGUUAUGUUUUGUCUGUCUCCGAAAUGCCAGCACUGUCACGCUCCUCGUGAUAACAGUUAUGUGUCGGUCUCAGGUCGAGACGGGAACAUCGUAAUUUUAGCCAGGAGCUGAUCCAAACCACCAACGACCAUGUUCAGACUACUGGGCCGAAAGCAGGUGCGUCUUGGUGACUACACUCAACCAGUGGAUGCUACCAACUUUACGUGGGGUCGAAACGACGAAUACUGCGAACCCUACGUUGCAGAACAACUUAUCAAAGAGGCAGCUAAGAGAAGACAGUCCGACAAUAAAGUGUCAGACAACAUGGACGUCAAUUCAGAAAGUACAGAUUAUAACCGAAUCAAUCGAAAGGCACCCAGAGAAUCUGGCCAGUCCCAGACCAAACCCAUCUCAUCGGGUUCUGGUAUCCAUCUUGGAAGCGAUGGCUACAACCACGCCAGUAGCUGGACAAGUAUCGCUAAUAAGAGUUCGGACUCGAGCCACGAUACAUAUGAAGAACCAUGGGAUUCACGCACAAGACAGAGGGAUUUACAAAGUAAGCUGAAUCGAGCUCAAAGUGAAGAAAUUCCAAAACAGUUUCCUCUUCCUGACUCUAGACGAAGUUCUCAAGAUCCAGCUGCUGUGAGACGUAAACCACAGCCGGCAGACAUGUACGAAGACGCAUGGGACACUCCGCUAAAACAAAAACUGUUAGAAGAGAAACUGAACGCUGCUAAGAGAGGUGGAGGAGCCGCUUCACGGUCCCCCACAUCCCCCCUCCCAUCUUCCCCACCCUCCACCUACGAGGAACCAUGGGAUAUCAAGAAGAGACAGAUGGAGUUGGAAGGCAGAUUAGAAGCUACCCACAUUCACAAGUCCCCUAUUGGAACCCCUAUUAGUCCCUCACGUCGCAGUCCUCAGCCCCGCCCUGGACUGGAUACCUACGAGGAGGCCUGGGACCUCAAGUCUGGGGCCAAGGCUGUCAGCUAUCUCAGAAGCACUUCCCAGCAGGACCGAGACCUGGCUCCCAGCUCCCCCCAGUCCCCCAACUCCGGCUCCCCAACCAACAAGCAGCUUCCUCGUCUGGUCACCCCAGCCACAGCAUGCACCAUCGGGGAGAGAAUCAACCCCAUCAUUCCCUUACACAAGCAGAGCUGGUACCAGGGCCGUAUUUCCCGAGCCGAUGCUGAGAACACGCUGCGUGUGUGCAAGGAGGGGAGCUACCUGGUCCGCGAGUCUGAGUCCGAGAGGGGCCAGUACUCUCUCUCCAUCAAGAGCCGUAUAAUGAACAUCCAUCUGAGGAUUACUAAGCGCUCAAAUGGACAGUUUAUUCUUGGUGAAAACAGUGCAUUAUUUGAUACGAUCCCUGAAAUGAUUGAUUACUACACCCAGCACCAGGUUCCUCUAAAGGGCACAGAGCACCUCACACUCUUGCACCCUGUGGAUCGCCACUGAGGUGCAGAGCUACACUGAAUUGUGGAUCUCCACUGAGGUGCAGAGCUACACUGAAUUGUGGAUCUCCACUGAGGUGCAGAGCUACACUGAAUUGUGGAUCGCCACUGAGGUGCAGAGCUACACUGAAUUGGGGAGCUACACUGAGGUGCAGAGCUACACUGAAUUGGGGAGCUACACUGAGGUGCAGAUCUACACUGAAUUGUAGAUCGCCACUGAGGUGCAGAGCUACACUGAAUUGGGGAGCUACACUGAGGUGCAGAGCUACACUGAGGUGCAGAGCUACACUGAAUUGUGGAUCGCCACUGAGGUGCAGAGCUAAACUGAAUUGGGGAGCUACACUGAGGUGCAGAGCUACAUUGAAUUGUGGAGCUUCACUGAGGUGCAGAGCUACACUAAGGUGCAGAGCUACACUGAAUUCUGGAGCUACACUAAGGUGCAGAGCUACACUGAAUUCUGGAGCUACACUGAGGUGCAGAGCUACAUUGAAUUGUGGAGCUACACUGAGGUGCAGAGCUACACUAAGGUGCAGAGCUACACUGAUUUUUUUAGCUACACUAAGGUGCAGAGCUACACUGAAUUCUGGAGCUACACUUAGGUGCAGAGCUACAUUGAAUUGUGGAGCUACACUGAGGUGCAGAUCUACAUUGAAUUGUGGAUCUCCACUAAGGUGUGGAGCCAGACUGGACCAAGUUUAGUUACGCUCUCCACAGUGUUGACAGGAUGUGUGCUGAGAGCAUAAGGACUUCAAGGAUCAAUGUGAAUGUGCUAGAAUGCUAUUAGAGAUUUAGAGAUUUCAGAGUGAUAUCUUUCUGAUGACGACAAUUGGGUGUUAAAAUAUGGAUACAGUGGGGUAAUCUUAAGUAUGAUACAAACUGUGAUACUGUUGACAAAAGAUGAAACCCUGAUGAAAAGUGAUGAAGGAAGAUGACACAGUGAUGAAUAGUUUUGACGAAAGAUAACACUGUGCUUAAAACUGUUGAAGAAAGAAGACUUCGUGAUGAAUAUAGUUGAAGAAAGAUGACACAGUGAUGAAUAGUGUUGACAAAAAUAACACUGUGCUUAAAACUGUUGAAGAAAGAAGACUCAGUGAUGAAUAUAGUUGAAGAAAGAUGACACAGUGAUGAAUAGUGUUGACGAGAGAAGAUUGAGGUCAGAAAGGAUACCAUCAUGAUGAUAUUAUGUUUAGAACAUCAUGCUAUUUUCCUGAGGAGAAUCGACUUCUGGAUGGCAAGAGAAUUAUUACAAUUAUUUGCUGACUAUGUGUUUGUGUUGCCUGAAGCUGUGUCUGUCCUAUGACACUCGCUGUUACUGAGACAUGGCUUUAUGCAGUGAAUAUGUGUCCUUCUCAUAUUAAACACUGAGUACUCUUUCUAUAUCAUGUAUACUGAACAAAACAAGUUAGGGAUCAUGAAAACUUUAGCAAUAUAUUUUUGUAGUGUAGACUGAGCACCCAGUUUCAUAAAAAUAUCGGUAAAUAUAUUCAUGAUCCCUUACAUUUUUGGUUCAGUAUAGAUAUCGUGCAUGGAGGUGAAACUUCCGCAAGAACAUUCAGAUCUUUCCUUUGAACAAUUUUCCUGUUUUAAUGUAUAACCGAUUUGUUGAACAGUAUUACAGACCACAGCAUUUCAGCUUCUUUACUGUACAAAAAAAGUAUGCUGAAUUAUUUACAUAUCAUUUGCUUGUUGAAAUGAUGGUGGUCUAAAGGACCAGCCAUUUGAUAUUUGGUGAUGGGUGGAGUGGGGUAAAUUGUCCCAGAAAAUGCUUUUAAAAAUUAAUUAUGCUUCAGACUGUUGAAAAAAUAGAUCAUAUAAAAUACAUUAUUGUAAGGUUUUUAUUGUAACAAAAAAGUAUUUAGGCUUAUAGAUUUAAUUAAAACAAUAUCUGGUUUUGCAGAUAUCAGUUGAAAAGAUCAUGUCUCUAUACAAAAUCCUCCCCCCUGCCUCCACCGAAUUUCAAAUGGCAAGUCCCUUAUGACCUCAUUUGUCAGCUAGCAAGUAACUCCCAGCAAUAUGGUAUUUGUUAUUGCACACUAGAACCCACCGACGUGAUCAGCAAUUCCAUUAUUUUGCUUCACUUUAUUACACUAAAAGUCAUCUAUUACAUAAUGCCAAUACCAUGUAUACAGGGAGGCCUGAGGUGUGGAGGUGUGGAGUCACCUGUACUACACAGGCUUUGUGGUCAGCCACAUCAUCGACCUGCAACAGUGUCAUUGGAGAUUAUGUCGUGAAUAUCAAUGUCUGUUUGUAUUUGAAGCAGUUUUCACUUUGGUGGCUCUUGUGGCCUCAAAGGUAUUAUAAUAUUGGUUAUUGUGGCUACGUUUUGAAGCUCUUUUUCCAUCAUUUCUCAUUGUUAAUGAGUAAAAUUCAUCAAAACUGUGUAUUACCGUUAAUUUUUUUUCAAAAGUACAUUAAUACAAACAUAAUGAAUGUAUGUUACUAUUUCUUCAUGUAAGGUAAUACUUUUUUUAUAACAAAAAGGGGAAAAAUGUAAAAACAGGCCAAAUUGAAUUUAUUGUGUUAUGGGAAUUGAAUUGCCAUGUAGGCAAGAGGCCACCCUGACUGGAUACAUGGGAUUUUGUUUUGAACAAAAUGGACGAUUAUUUUCAUUAAAAAACACAUCAGUUAAGUGAAAUAGAUCCAAAUGGAGACAUGCAUCCAAAUGUUGUUUUGUUGAGGAUAUGUUGUUGCAUGUAUGUAGAAGCAACUGAAUCAAUUUUUUGUUUUUUUGUUUUUUUUUGUUUUUGUAUUUUUCUUCUUGUUUUUUGUUGUUUAACGCCGCACUCAGCAAUAUUCCAGCUAUAUGAUGGGGCAGUCUGUCAAUAAUCAAGUCUAGUCAAGACAAUCCAGUGACUGACAUCAUAAGCAUCAAUCCACGCAAUUGGGAUACAAUGACAUGCAUCAAGCAAGUCAGCGAGCCUGACCACCCGAUCCCUUGGUCGCCUCUUACGACAAGCAUAGUCGCCUUUCAUGGCAAACAUGGGUUGCUGAAAACCUAUUCUACCCCGGAUUUUCACGGAAUCAGUUAGUACAUCAUUUUGAUGCAUAUUCUUCAAAUGAUGAAAAUCUUGAAAAGUAGGAAAUAUCAUUGUGGCAGUGGUGUGUUAGCAUGGACAGAAGUAAUUCGAAUAGUGAACACAUGUUACAUGAGGUCCUGGUUAGUGGACUGAUUAGCAUAAAUGACUCAAUCUUGUGAUAUUAGUCUUAGUUUUAUCACAUAUGUUAUUACAUUAAAUGGUGAUGAAAUAAUGUCUAAUGAAAACAAAACAUCACUGCUUAUUAUAAAAGUGAAAUCCGACUUGUCGGUCCCACUAGGAGUUUUACAAUAUAUUUAUCAAUAAAUCCGUGUUCAGUCAUGUACUGGACUACUUGGAAGCAAUACAAUGUGGUUACCAUCGUUACAGUGAUUUAUGCAAAGUCCCUUCAAUCAGUGGUUCAAUAGGCAUUUCAUUAACCAUUGAACAGCUGCUUGAUUGACCUUUACACACACUUAUGUAUAAUCAGGUGUGCAAUACCUCAUAAGUGAGGUGUAGAGGGUCAAGCAAUCAUGUGAGUACUGCCUGUUUCAUCUGCUUGAUUUCCAUGCUAAUAAGUAUUCUUUGGCGAAACAGUUCUAGUUCACCAAAGAAAACAAUGUGAUAUUAUUUAUGACCGAUGGUUGGGGGUUAACUGUAGGUUGAUAUGUUUGGGAAUAUUCACUGACAUUUACUUUUCUUUGCACUGGUUCACUUGUAUUGGUAUAUGUGUACAUUUGUACAUUUUGAUAAUAUUAUGAUCAUGAUAUCUUAUGAUUGUGUUUCAUUAGUAUAUGUCCUCUCUCUAGCAUUAUCCAUUUGUGCUUGUUAAUAACAAUAAGUAUGUCUCAUAUCUCCUCCAGCAAUGUCCAUUUGGUGCUUACUAACUGAUGUGUCCCUGAAGUACUCAAAAUGUUCUCUGCUCUUUUCCUAACAGGUUUGGAUGAGGAAUAUAGCAUCAAAUGAUUGAUCUUGAUUUCUGAAAGCUAAACAAUUAAAACAUGUAAAAGAAAGGAAUAGAUUUGAUUUUAUGUAUUGAUAUAUAUAAUACAUUUUGUACAAGUCUACCAAAUUGAAAGGCAGUGCAAUGGCUAUAGUUAACUGCAUGUUACCAUGGUUACAGCCCAUAUUAUCAUGCUCUUUAGGGCGAUCUUUGUAUUAGACGGCAAUAUUUUAAAAGUACACCUCAAGAUCAUUGGCCAACAAGCAAUGGACAUGUAAUAUUAUGUCAUUGGAAGUGUUAUCAUCUCAUAAACCUUCUCCUCUAACUAUACCAUGUAUUCUAUGCUAAUACAUACAUGUGUUAUGAUCCUUGCCUUGCUUCAUUGUGGUACUAUAGUGUUUUCAGUGUGUGUGACUUACACUGCAGCAGUAUUUUAAACACAUUCCAAACUGUGUGUCUGUUGUGUAUUUGAUUCAGGGGAGACAACUCCUGUGCAUGAUUGUGAAAUGGUGUACAUAUUUUCUUUCCAUGCAGUAGUGCUUUUGUACUGAAAUAUAUUUCAUACUACAAAAAGCAGGGUUUUUCAGGCUGUUUCGUUUAAUGUUCAUUAAAGAGUUUAUCAUUGAAAUGAUGAUCGUUUUUUAAUCAGUCACGCUAUUAUAAAUGUUUCCGUUAUUUAUGAUAUAAACCCAAACAAUGGCUGUUAAUUACAGAAUAUUUGUGCUAAAAAUCAAACUUUAAUGUGGAACACUGUAUGAUAUUAUGGGAAAAUAUAUUUUAGUUGAAUAUUACAAUAUUUGUGUAUGUUUUAUGGAGUUGUUCAAGAAGAUAUUCAAUGGUGCUUUUAUGCUGUUACUGAGUAAAUAGGAUGCUGUCAUAUCAUACCGAUCAAAAUAUGUGCUCUGUGAGCUUCCGUCUUGUUGAAACUGUUCGUAUGGUGACAGUCACUUAGCAUGUGAGGGAAGAAAGCACUAACACAUUGAUUUUCAUGCCUUAUGUGUUAAACAUGUUUAAAGAUCAAAUACUAUAUAUAUCUGAAAAUAUAAUGAGUGGAUGUUAUUUCAAGUGAAUAUAUAAUAAUAUGACUAUUUUCAGUCUGCCUCAUUGACUGUAAUUUUCAGACCAUCAGGUAGAAAAUACUUGAUAUAUCACGUAUAUAGGACAUGUGUCAAACAACGUUAUUAAAACAUGUUUAUCUCAUUUUGUGACCUGAAAAGGUGACAUUUUCGCCACUUACUCUGCCACUCAUAAUAAUAUCAAUUUUGUCAGGUUACUUGAUGAGAUAAACAUGUUAUUUGACAAACAAUGUCAAUAUCCCCUACAUGUUCGAUGUACAGAAGGUUGAUGUUAUUUUGAUGGUCCAUGCAUGUUUAUAUGGUACUGAAAGUACAGUUGUAUAACGUGUUGCCAUGCUGUGUGUGUAUUCUGUAGUUGAGCACAAGGACAUGCCUUACAUGGAUGCUAGUUUAACACAACAAAAUUCAAAACAAGCUUUAUUUUCAUAGGUAGUACUUUUACAGUGGCAGAUCUUUUUGAAGGGGGAGGUGGGGGGUUGCAUAAUGUGGAAUUCUUAACUUGUCAUACUAAAGGACCAAACAGUUGGUAUUCUGAAAGGGGUCUUGCAUUUUCGAAAAAUAAUAAUUGUCCGAGUAUUGCUGACAAUGGUAAUUAUGCUUCACACUUGGGAAAAAAAGAAAUUUUCUAAAACAAAACAUACAUUGUUGCAAGUUGUUUCUCGAAAAAACAUAGUUCGGCUCAUAGUUCAAUGGUUAAUUUAAAGAAUAUCUGGCUUUGCAACUGAAGCUGAAAAACUAUCUAGUCUCCAUACAAAAUCCCUGACCCCACCAGGUUCUCAAAUGGACGGUCCCUAUGGAGCAAAUUUGUAUUAUGAAAGGGAAUAACUCCUUCUAGGCCUUCAUGUGCAUUUGGGUAGCCUAGUUGAUCAAGUGUUUGCACGUCACACCCAGGACCAUGUUUGAUUCCCCAUGUGGGUACUGUAUGUGAAACCCACAAUUGGUUUUCUUCACCACAUUACUUGAAUGUGCCUAUAAGCCUAUUCACACUUCACUCUGCACUGGUUGAGGUCAUCCUGCAGAGUGCACAUCACUUCGUGUCACCACUUGACAAUGAUGCUCCUUCAAAAGGGGUGACACAUAAUUGCGAGUACUUGUAAAGUGCUGGAAAUGUUUUGUGUCAGGAUUUGUUUGAAAUCUUCUAGAGCAGAUAUGGAAGAGCAAGUAUGACAACCAUUUCAUAUAUUUGAGAUUAUGAAGUAACUUGAUUAGAGUAGUGUCUAAAGCUAUCAUUUGUUGUCCACAAAACCACAAGAUUCGUCCUAAAUAUCCUAUAAGGAAUAUUCUCAUAACUGUAGUAGGUAGUCAUAUUUGUUUUACAAACAAGCAAAUCUACUACAUUGCUUUCCUUAUUUUGUCUUGUGCACAAUGAGGGGCGUCUGUGGUCCAGGCAUCAAAGACGCCACAAUUCACUGUGCAGAGGUUUCUGGCAAGCCACUGGGAUAGAACCUCUGCAAAGUGAAUUAUGGCAUUUCAUCCUGGUGGCUUGCCAGAAACCUACAAUCAUGGAUCAGAGUCCCAAGUUUCCACUGAUCAUGAUUCUAGGUUUGUCAGCAUCCAUAAUCAUGGGUUUCACCAAAUUUGUCAUGUCGAAGACCUGCAUCACUUUGGGCUUUCCUCCCACAUCAAGCUGAUACUAUCAGGCAGCAGGUUUCCCUGUAAAACAGUGGUAUUAAAAUGGGAUGUUUUCUCUGAUACAGGUAUCUGCAAGGAGGGUAUCAUGUCGGAGUAAAUGAUCUGGUUUCAGUGAUGUAGACCUGGAAAGACUUUUGUCAUCAGUACACUAAUCUACGGCUCUGAUAGGUAGAAACAAAUGGACUUCAGUACCCAUGUCUCAAAUCCUGACCCAAUUCGGACUCCAGUCAAAAUGCAUCCAGAAACAGUACCAUUUCUCUACCAUGUAUACAACACCUGUGUUGGAGAAGUGAAAAUGUGAGUUUUCUACCCAGAUAAGGGGCGGUCGGGUAGCCUAGUGGUUAAAGCGUUCGCUCGUCACACCGAAGACCCGGGUUCGAUUCCCGACAUGGGUACAAUGUGUGAAGCCCAUUUGUGGUAUACCCCCGCCGUGAUAUUGCUGGAAUAUUGCUAAAAGCGGCGUAAAACCAAACUCACUCACUCACUCUCCCCAGGAUGGGUCAUGAAGUCAUUGACAUAGGAUUAAAUCCCAUCUAAACACUUCUCUUACUUAGUUCCCCAAGAGCCAAUCAGGACACUGACAUAUUCUUUGCAAUUACACUGGAAAAGGGGGCUGGGGACUAAGGCACCGGAAUUUGAUAUGCGGUGUUGCAUCCCUUGUCAGCCAGAAACCUGUGAUUGUGUUCAAACCCCUAUUCACCCUGAUUAUGUUUCUCGGUUUGUAAGCACCAUACCCAUGCCAAGGGGUUGCACCAAAAUCGUAAACGUCCGAGACCUGCACCACUUUGGGCUUUCCUCCCACACUUGGCUUACACAAUAAUGAUAUAACUGGAAUACUGGUUAAAGCAGCAUUAAACCCAACUCACUCAUUCUUGACUUGAACCCUCAGCUGUGCAUUGAAUAAGUUUUAUAGAGUAAAGAGUUUUAAGAGUAAACAUUGAUAUCAGGUUGUCUUGUUCAUUUCAAUUUUCUUUUAUUCCUGGAUAGACUCUAUUUAAAUUCUUCUGUUCUUGUAGAACUAUUGCUUAUUAUAUGUGCUUAUGUACGCAACCUUUAACCAUAUUCUCAAUGUGUCAAAAUGGUUAUAACCUUUGUCUUCCUUAAGACUGUUAUUGUUUAUAUGAAAUAAAAUCAUAUCUCAAACA